AUGCCCUCCACAUACAAGAAGGACAAGCCGUGGGAUACGGACGAUAUCGACAAGUGGAAGGUCGACCCUUUCACUCCUGCCGACAAUGCUGGCGGCACUUUCGCCGAGGAGUCGUCCUUUGCGAUUGUUUUCCCCAAGUACCGCGAAGUCUACCUGAAGGAGGCAUGGCCUCUCGUCACCAAGUCUCUCGAGAAGCACGGCAUUGCCUGCUCGCUCGACUUGAUUGAAGGUUCUAUGACCGUCAAGACGACAAGAAAAACAUUCGAUCCCGCCGCCAUCCUCAACGCCCGCGACCUUAUCAAGCUCCUCGCUCGAAGCGUCCCCGCGCCGCAGGCCAUAAAGAUUCUCGACGACGGCAUCGCCUGCGAUGUCAUCAAGAUCCGCAGUCUCGUGCGCAACAAGGAGCGCUACGUCAAGCGCCGCCAGCGCAUCCUCGGCCCCAACGGCUCGACGCUCAAGGCCCUGGAGCUGCUCACCCAGACCUACAUCCUCGUGCAGGGCAGCACCGUCUCGGUCAUGGGACCCUACAAGGGUCUGAAAGAGGUCCGCCGCGUCGUCGAGGACUGCAUGAACAACAUCCACCCCAUCUACCACAUCAAGGAGCUCAUGAUCAAGCGCGAGCUCGCAAAGGACCCGGAGCUUGCGAGCGAGAGCUGGGACCGCUUCCUGCCCAACUUCAAGAAAAAGACGCUCAGCAAGAGACGCGUGCCGCUCAAGGUCACCGACAAGGCCAAGAAGACGUACACGCCCUUCCCGCCGGCGCCCGAGAAGAGCAAGGUCGACAAGCAGAUCGAGACGGGAGAGUACUUCCUCGGCAAGGAGGCCAAGGCCAAGGCCGCCCAGGCCGAGAGGAUCGAGCAGCAGAAGCAGAAGAAGGAGGAGAAGCUGCGCGAGAGGGAAAAGGAUUUCGUCCCGCCCGAAGAGUUGGGCCACAAGAGGAAGAAGAGAAAGAAGAGCGAGGACGACGAGUGA